AUGAACUUCUUUUCAUUGAAAAUUAUCCCUAUGUUCGCAAUGGCCUUGCUUAUCAUGGUCCAAAUGACCUUGCAAGCACCUGUACCGACAGGUAGUCUCAGCGUGGAUGGUAGUACUGUACCAAAUACUAAGAAUGGUGCAAUUACCACUCAAAGCUCUAUCGUACGCAUUCAAAACACCAAUGGUACGGCUGUUGGCUCUCAUGGUCGUAAUGCUGCGAUUAGUAGCGUUGGUGUUUGUCCAACUUGUAAACGUAAUCCUUGCCGAUGUAAUGAAUGA